AUAAAACAAGAAGAAAAAGGAGGUGAAGUGUAUCAAGAAAUGAGGCCAUUGAUUUGCAGCUUUAAUAAUGAUGAAGAGGUGUUGAUCUCAUCUGAGCUGUCCCACUCUCACCUCUCCUCUUUCAGCAAUGAUUCUACGCCUCUUUCUUCCUCUCCAUCAACUUUUAGUACUCACAACCAAACAAAAACCUGUUCAGAAGUUCCAAAAUAAAUAUUUUUACCCUCUAUCAAAUCUGCUUCCUCCCCACCCCCACCCAUCUGUUUCUCAGUCUGCAGAUUUGCUGUGUGUGUGUAAAAAUCUGCUCACUCUGCUGAGUAAGUGAGAAAGUUUUGUUGUCUCUGAUCCCAAUAUAAGGCCCUCUUAUCAAGCAUCAAUAUCAAGAAGGAAAACUGCCACCAUUUUCUCUCUCCUCUCUCCCUCUCUCUCUACAAAUAUAAGUUUGAGGAGACUUUGCUUGUGGAAACUGAAACCCUUUUUUAGGUGGUCCUCACAUCAUCACUGCUUCAAACUUGAAACCCCACCUAUCUUAAAUCUCCUUUACUUUUUCUUUGCUUUGAUUUCCUCACAGCCUCCUUUUUCCUUGCUCCUUUCUAUAUAUGACAGCGUUUGAUAGUAAUAGAGAGCCCCACUGCACUGUUCUACUGCUGUCUAAAAGCAAAAGGGUCAAGUAAUAUAGAUAGAUUAAAGGGAAAAAGAAAAAAGACUUGGUUUUUUGUGCCAAGAAUCAAAUAUGCAAGAACAAGGCAUGGGCAUGAUGGGUUGUGGAGGAAUCGGAGGAGGGUUAACCGACGUAUCCAUGGCGGUUCCCGGCGAGCAGCACCACCAGCUGAAGGCGGAGAUCGCCACCCACCCUCUGUACGAGCAGCUGCUGUCAGCGCACGUUUCGUGCCUGCGUGUGGCCACGCCUAUCGAUCAGCUUCCCCUUAUUGACGCUCAGCUCUCUCAGUCGCACCAUCUCCUGCGCUCUUAUGCCCAAAACAACGCUCAUCAUUCGCUCCCUCAACAUCAAAGGCAAGAACUUGACAACUUCUUGGCGCAGUAUAUGUUGGUUUUGUGCUCGUUUAGAGAGCAGCUGCAGCAGCAUGUGAGAGUCCACGCUGUUGAAGCUGUGAUGGCCUGCCGGGAAAUUGAACAGAACUUGCAGUCUCUCACUGGAGCAACGCUGGCUGAAGGAACUGGUGCAACUAUGUCGGAUGAUGAGGAUGAGCUGCAAAUGGAUUUCUCCUUCGAUCAAUCGGGCGGUGACGGGCAAGACCUCAUGGGAUUUGGUCCGUUGCAGAGAGUGAGGCAGGAACUCAAAAUCGAGCUCAAACAGGGAUUUAAGUCAAGAAUUGAGGACGUAAGAGAGGAAAUAUUAAGAAAAAGAAGGGCGGGAAAACUGCCUGGUGACACGACCACCGUGCUGAAGAAUUGGUGGCAGCAACACUCGAAGUGGCCUUAUCCAACUGAAGAUGACAAGGCGAAGCUUGUAGAGCAGACAGGGUUACAGCUGAAGCAAAUAAAUAACUGGUUCAUCAACCAGAGGAAGCGGAACUGGCACAGCAAUUCGCAGUCGGCUACGUCUCUGAAGUCCAAGCGCAAGAGAUAGACGAUGUACCCUCUGUCUUCGAUUGCAAACGUUCUUUUUGUGUCCAUAGUAUCGGUAGGUGACUGACAAGGCGGAAUUCAGCAUGACAUUGGAGAAGCAAAUGGGAAGCGACGGUUAGUUAAGUGCUUGAUUUGGUAUGUGGUGAACUGUAGGGUGUUAGAAUGACAUAAUACAUAUGUGUUUGUAGAUUUUGUAUCUUAAGAUAACAAAACUUACAAACAGAUUACGCCUACGUUUUAGACGAAGGUGUAUCGGAUGAUGUAACGAACUACUCAUCAUCGGCUGUUCUGUAUCUUUACCGUGCUAUAUCAAUGUAGUUAUUCCCUCUGGAAAUAUGCA